AUGGGCAUUCAUCAAGUCACCGCUUUCCUGAGUGUCGAGACCACGAUUGCCCGCCUGCAUGGUGGACUUCAAGGCACUCGGAAAAACAGGUGCUGCUGUCCCAUGGUUGAUGGGGAGCCCAGGCCGUGGUUGCCGUCUCCCGCCCCAGCCAUGGACGAGAUCACCUUCAAAAGCGACACCGUGCUGUCAGACGUCCACCUCCACACCCCAAACCAGAGACAACUCAUGGUGCGGCUGAGUGGCGUGGGGCAGCCCGUCUUCUUGUCCCAGUUCAAGCUUCUGUGGAACCAAGCCUCUCAGACAGACUCGGGGGCUGAGGGUGGCAGUCACAGAGCCCAUCACACAGAGGUGACUCCUCCCGCCAGAAGCGGCUGCAGCAGUGAGGCAGUCUCCCUCCAGGCUGGGGCUGACGCCACCAGCCAGGAGGGGGUGGCAGCUCAGCUGGACGAGGAUGGGGAUUUGGACGUUGUGAGAAGACCACGGGCUGCCUCUCCCUCCAAGCCCUCGGGGCCUCCGAGAGACAAGGUACAUCCCAUGAUUCUAACACAGGAGGAAGAUGACGUCCUGGGAGACGAAGCACGAGAGAGUGGCCCCUACGAUGUCAUCAAAAUAGAGCACACCAUGGCCACCCCCCUGGAGGAUGUUGGCAAGCAGGUGUGGCGGGGCGCCCUGUUCCUGGCGGACUACAUCCUGUCCCAGCGGGACCUCUUCCAGGGUCGCACAGUGCUGGAGCUCGGGGCGGGCACCGGGCUGGCCAGCAUCCUCGCGGCCACCGUGGCGCAGACCGUCUACUGUACAGAUGUUGGUGCAGAUCUCUUGGCCAUGUGCCAGCGAAACAUUGCCCUUAACAGCCACCUGACUGCCGCUGGAGGCGGUGUGAUUAAGGUCAAGGAACUGGACUGGCUGAAAGACGAUCUCUGCACAGAUCCCGAGGUCCCCUUCAGCUGGUCGGAGGAGGACAUCUCCGACCUGUACGGCCACACCACCAUCCUGCUCGCGGCCGAAGUGUUUUACGACGAUGACCUAACUGAUGCUCUGUUUAAAACACUGUCCCGACUGGCUCACAGGUUGAAGAAUGCCUCCACUGCCAUCCUUUCUGUGGAAAAGAGGCUGAACUUCACGCUGCGGCACCUGGAGGUCACGUGCGAGGCCUACGACCACUUCCGCUCAUGCCUGCGGCGACUGGAGGGGCUGACCGGUGGGCGCCUGCGCUUCGCAGUAGAGCCGGUGGACGUUUCCUUCCCGCAGCUCUUGGUCUACGAGCGCAUCCAGCAGCUGGAGCUCUGGAAGGUCUUUGUGGAACCUGUAACAGAACUCAUCGUGUCUGAAGACACAGCUUCUUGA